AUGGCGAUGCCGUUUAUGGCAAGUUGGAAGAUUUCUGGACUUCUUGCAAUGCAAGCAAUGCUGGAAACUGCAGGUAUGUGUCAAGACAAAGUUUGUCAAGGCCAACAGUGUCCAUUCCAGGCGGAUUUUCAUGGAGACAUUCAAGACAAUGUAUGGCUUAAACAAAGACCAACUGGAGCUUCCAACGAUGCCAUUUGGCGUCUGGCUCAACACUGCUAUUGCUGUCUACUUGAGGUCCUGGUGAACGUUUGGGCGUAUCACAGUGCCAGGAGACUCAUCUACGUGGAUCCUGAGACGGGUAUAAUGAUGGAGCAGAAUGCUCUCGAGAGCCGACGCAGGCAGAUGAAAGUGAAGUGGUUCAGCUUUAGCGUGCUCAAGGGAAUGGACGAAGACAUGGCCGAGAAAGUUGACGACGAGCAUCCUACGUACCGGUGGCUCUGGCCACACACGGGAGAAGUGUUCUGGCAGGGAAUUUUGGAGAGGGAGAGGCAGGAGAGAUACAACAUGAAGUUGGAAAGGAAGCGCAGGAACAAGGAGAGGCUGGCUAGAAUGUGUAGCCGUUACAAGCAGAAGUCUCUGGGCCGCUAUGUGAAGUCACCACCGGAAGAGAUGGAGCAAGAUCAAGCUGUGAAUACUGCUGCUCGGUGA